CUUUUUUCUUUCUCACUAUGGAUAUCUCCAGUAUCUCUAUAGACAUAUCUUCUCAAAACUAGAAUAUCAACCGUUCAGAUGUCAUAAGUUUCAUCCACACAUCAUCGAGGAAUACGUUGGAAUACGCCAGGUGUCCUCAGCUGCCACUAUAAAAAUGUUAAAUGAAAAGUUUCUGGCGCGUUGGUCGUGCUUGACAGAGUUUUAAUUCGCUUUCCCCGAUUGUAAAAAACUAACAUUCUUACAAGGAAGAAUGCCUUUUGGGGUAUAUCAGGGUAUAUCCGCUUCCAUUACUAUAAGAACGCUUAAGAAGCGAGAGUCCGUUUUUGCUGCUCUUUCCUUCCUUCAUCCGCUUUCACAGUCAGUUCGCUAUUGACCCAAGCAGCCUCUUGCGCAAAACAAUGUCAGAAGCUACGAGCCCACUGGACAAGUUUCCAUCAAUCUUCCGCCGUAGCACCAGUAUCUACCCAAACAAUGGAACGGCUAAUGGACACCAAGCAAAGGCAGAUAGUACGACGACUUUCUCACCUGCUCAGCCAUUCAAAAAAGCCAACACGCAUUUGACUUUUGAGCAAUCUGGACUGUCUGCCGCGGCGGAUUUCGUUAGACACAAAGAGGCGAUUGAUGAUAGGAAAUUGGCGCUGGAACAUGGACUUUCCUUGCUUUCCAAACUGCCCCCAGGCGACUUUGCCCAAAAGUUACAGGACGACGUUAUCAAACUUUUGUAUAACGAUCUCUCGCAUCCCCCCGCGACUUUAAUCGGAAACAAGUACGCAUGGCGUUCGGCGGAUGGAUCCGGGAACAACAUUGGAGACCCAGAUUUGGGGAAGGCUGGAGCUACUUACGCGCGAUCGGUGCAACAAAGUCAUCCGCUGUCUCCGAGCGAACUUCCUGACCCAGGAUUAAUCUUCGAUACGCUCUUAAAGCGCGAUGGUUUCCAGAGUCAUCCUGCCGGGCUUUCCUCGCUCAUGUUUUCAUUCGCCGCUUUGGUUAUCCACAGUGUGUUCCGAACGUCACAUACGGACGUAAACAUUAACGAGACAUCUUCUUAUUGCGAUUUGGCUCCUCUCUAUGGUCAUAACCAAGAGACUCAGGACCGAGUUCGUAGAAAGGAAGGUUUAGGGCUAUUACACCCUGACUCAUUUGCAGAGGAUAGGCUACUCUUGCUUCCUCCUGCAGUAUGCGUUUUAUUAGUGCUGUUUAGUCGGAAUCACAAUUACAUUGCGAAGAAACUCUUUGACAUAAACGAGCGGAAGAAGUACAAAGACCCUUCCACGCUUUCUGGUGACGCACUCGCUGCUCAGGAUGAGGAGUUGUUCCAGACCGCGCGCUUGGUGAAUUGUGGUUGGUUCGGCACAGUCAUCUUUUCUGAUUAUGUCUCCUGUAUUCUGGGUCUGGUAAGGCAAGGGAGUAAUUGGAGCUUGGAUCCCUUCGGAGAAAUGAGAAACUCUGACCACUCUGAAUUUGAAAGAGGACGGGGGAACAGCUGCAGUGUGGAGUUCAACUGUCUUUACCGUUGGCACGCGACUACAAGCCAGGAAGACGAGCAAUGGACUUUGCAGAAGCUGCAGCAAAUCUUCCCAGAUAAGCCCAUCGAGGACUUGACGGCUAUGGAUUUCGUUAUUGGGGCAAAGAAAGCUAUGGCUCAACUACCCGAUCUCAGUCACUGGACUUUUGGCGAUUUGAAAAGACAAGAAGACGGGUCCUUCCGGGAUGAAGAUUUGGCCAAUUUGCUUAAAAAUGCCACUGAGCAUCCUGCAGGUGCUUUCCGCGCUCGGGGUACGCCAGAAUGCAUGCGGCUUCAUGAAAUCAUGGGGAUCACUCAAAAUCGCGCAUGGGGGGUGUGUUCGUUGAACGACUUCAGGAAGUAUUUAGGUCUCAAACCCUAUAGCACUUUCUUGGAAUGGAAUUCGAACCCGGAAAUCGCUCAUGCUGCCGAGAAGCUGUACGGAAAUAUCGAAUACCUUGAGCUUUAUGUUGGUUUGCAAGCGGAGGAAGCUAAACCUGUGGUGGAUGGAGCUGGGUUAUGUCCUGGCUACACCAUUAGUCGUGCAAUCCUUAGCGAUGCCAUCGCACUCACCCGUGGGGACCGCUACUUCACGCACGACUUCACCCCAUUCAACCUUACUGCGUGGGGUUUCGCCGACUGUCAACGCCAGCCUGAUGCUUUUGGAUUCGGGAGUGCCUUGGGCCGACUCUUCCUUCGUACCCUCCCCGAACAGUUCACGGAGAACAGCACUUAUGCGUUUUUCCCUCUGAUGACGCCUCAGGCAAUGACUGUCUAUUUGAAGGAUUUGAAUCUCUCCGAUCAAUAUGAUAUGAAACGACCGACGACGAGAAAUCCGGGAGUGGUGGCGAUGGAUUAUACGCAGGUGGGGAACAUCAUAAGGGAUCCGAAGUUUAUUGCGCAUUAUGAAAAGCGAGCGAAAGACGUCGUUUCUGGGAAAGGCUUCUUCAGUGCACCUGAAGACCGCACAGAGCAGAAACGGGUUCUCGGUGCUUUAGCUGGAACUUCUGAGGCUUCGGCGGAAUUGACGAAAUUCUUUUUCGAGAAAACACAAGAACUCAUCAAGAGCAACUCGUUCAAUCUUUCGGGAUCCAAGACACGUUCCGUAAACCUAGUUCGGGACGUUCUUAAGCUUGUUCCUAUACAUUGGAUUGCCGAUCUCAGCGGGUUGAAGAUCAAGAAUUCAUCGUCCGACGAUGGUGAUUUCACGGCCACUGAGUUAUAUGGGAUGCUUGGGGAUAUCUAUUCCUAUAUUUUCUUGGACGUCGAGCUCUCGAAGCUCAUGGUCCUCAAGGAACGGGUUCAAUCUCAUGUAAAGCUUCUUUUGGAAAAGAUCGAGACCGGACUAGGAGGAUCGAUAAGUAGAAUGCUCUCUAUCUCUAACAUCCUCUCCCUCUUCCGACCCAAGAAAACCACUGAGCACAUCAUUGUGCAACAUCUCCAAAAACUCGGAUAUACCUCCGCCCGCGAGCAAGGCAACGUGCUUUUGGCGAUCAUGGUCGGAAGCGUGGAACUUUCUGUGGCUUGUACAAAUAUGGUAGAUCUGUAUCUGGAUUCGGAGUACGAGGAUGCUAUUAGGAACUUGGCAUUGACCGGGGACAAGGAGGGUGAUUUGGUGGGGUAUGCGAGGGAGGCGUUGAGAUUGGAUCCUUCGUUUAAAGGCGUCUACCGUAUCGCCUCAUCCGACCAUAAUUCAGAUGGACUGAACAUUCAAAAGGACGGAAGAGUGUUUUUGGAUAUCUAUGCUGCCGGCAGAAAUGACCAAGUCUUCCCUCAACCCGAUACAGUCAAUGCGCGGAGGGAUCAGAGUGGAAAAACUUACAUCAUUAGCGAUGGAAUCUCUCGAUGCCUUGGAGAAGACAUCACUGUUAAGAUCAUGACCCAUGUCCUUCGUGGUAUCUUCGCCAUUAAAGAUAUUCAACGCGCCCCCGGAAACUCUGGUGUCCUCAACAGAUUCAAAGACCAUGACCGACCCGAGCUGAAUUAUGCAUACCUGGACGAAAACAAGUUUGUGACGCCCUGGCCGAAUUCGUUGAGUGUUGUGUACACAGAUGAUUCUUGAUUCUUGAAGUUUGAGGGGGUUGGGGUAGUAGUGUAGUCUGCUGUCUUGUCUUUUUUACAAAUGGCCUCACCAAAAACCACUUAGUGUUGUGGUAUAUACCAAAACUCUUCAAGGACAAUUUCUAGUAAUAUAUAUGCCUUCUUGUAAA